AUGGCAAUUAUUGGGACUGUUUCAGGGACUAUAACAGUGGAAGCAAUCUGGCUUACUCGUUUUAAAAAACCAAGCUUUAGCAAAGAUCAGGCAAUGAAAAAUAUGCAAAGCCUUAGGAUAUUAAGCAUACACGGGUGUUAUCCAUGGGCUUCCCUAAGUGAUUCAGAAGAUAUUCCUAAUGGCUCUGUUGAGUACCUUUCCAACAACUUGUGUUGGUUUGUGUGGCAUCAUUAUCCUUGGAAGUUAUUGCCAGAAAAUUUUAAUCCCAGAAGGCUUGUUCAUCUUGAUCUCCAAUCGAGUUCAUUGCAUUAUUUAUGGAAGGAAACAGAGCUGCAGCAAUUUCUGUCUCUACGAAGGAUAGAUCUAUAUGGCUCCAAAAGCCUGAAGAGAACACCAGAUUUCAAGGGGAUGCCAAAUUUGGAGUAUUUGGAUCUAGGCCAAUGUAGGAGUCUUGAAGAAGUUCAUCCUUCCCUCAAGGAUUGCAAAAAACUCAUGAAGUUAAAUUUGCCUUAUUAUACAAAACUUGAGAGGUUUCCAUAUGAUAAUGUGGAAUCUCUUGAAUCUUUGGACCUAAAAUUCUGCUCUAGUUUAGAGAAAUUUCCAGAAAUCCUUGGAAUAAUGAAGCCGGAGUUAGAGAUUAAUAUGUCAUGCUCUGGGAUAAGGGAACUGCCAUUAUCUUUCUUUGAUCUCCAACCUCAUCUUACACUGCUACAUUUGAAUGGCAUGGAAAACCUUUUAUCUCUUCCAAGCAGCAUUUGUAAGUUGAAAGGUUUGGUGAAGCUACAUGUGUCAAAGUGCUCAAAACUUGAAAGCUUGCCAGAAGAGAUAGGUGAUUUAGAAAACUUGGAGUAUCUUGAUGCCAGUUAUACUCUAAUCUCACGACCUCCGUCUUCCAUCGUCUGGUUGAACAAACUUAAAUCAUUGACUUUUAAAAAAUAUAAAUCAGAAGAUAGAGUGAACUUCGUGUUCCCUCCAGUGAGUGAAGGGUUAUGCUCAUUGCAAGAACUGGAUCUCAGUUACUGCAAUCUAAUAAUUCCGGAAGACAUUGAAUCCUUAUCCUCUUUGAAACACUUGAAUCUCAGUGGAAAUAAUUUUGAGCAUUUUCCUCGUAGCAUAUUCGAACUCGGUGCUCUUCGAUCCUUGAACUUAUCAGAUUGCAAGAGACUUACACAGCUGCCAGAAGACAUUGGAUGUUUAUCCUCUUUGAAAAAGUUGUAUCUCAAGGGAAAUAAUUUUGAUCAUUUGCCUCAAAGCAUAUCCGAACUUGGUGCUCUUCGAUCCUUGAACUUAUCAGAUUGCAAGAGGCUUACACAGCUGCCAGAAUUUCCACAGCAAUUAGACACAAUAGAUGCAGAUUGGAGCAAUGCUUCAAUCUGUAAUUCACUGUUUCAGAAUAUCUCAUCAUUGCAGCAUGAUAUAUCUGAUUCACAUUCGUUAUCACUAAGAAUGUUUACUGUUGAGCAUCCUGGAAUAAAGAUCCCAAGUUGGUUCCACCAUCGGGGAAUGUAUCAUAAAAGUGUAUCAGUCAAUUUUCCUGAAAAUUGGUAUGUACGUGAUAACUUCUUGGGAUUUGCUGUAUGUUACUCUGGCAGGUUAAUUGAAACCAAAGCAUACUUGAUUCCCUUAUGCAAUCGGAUGUCGUGGAUGAUCCAGAAUUUAUCCUUAACCAAUCAUCCAAAGUACCAUACAGAAUCUACCAUUAAUUUUUUCUUGGUACCUCUUGCUUGUUUAUGGGAUACAUCUAAGGCAAAUGGAAAAACACCAAAUGACUAUGGAAUUAUUGGUUUAACUUUUUCUGGUGAAAUAAAGGAUUAUGGACUUCGUUUGUUGUAUAAAGAUCACUCCAUUGGGACAAGGAGAAGCAGAUAUAAUGAUAGUGAACACCAUAAUGAAGCCAGUUGCUUGUCUUCUAAGAAACAAAGGUCAGGUUCUAAUGUUGAUGCGCCAGUUAAUCCAGAAAUUUUGCAGCUCUUUCCGACAAGCCCUGGAUUUGUUUGAAUAAAGGUAUAUAUAACUCUUGAGUUUGGUAUCGAAAUUGUGUUCUCUCUCUCUCUCUUUUGUGUAAUUCUCUCCUUCUGUUGCCUACAAAGUCUUCUUUCAUAACCAAUACAUUUUUUUUUUCCUUCUUCUUUCUCCUAUUGUCUCCGUUUGUUCUGAGCCAUCAUUAACCAUGGUGAGUUAAAGGAUGUGAACAAGUUUUAAUUUUUUAAACUUUGCAUGUUGAAUAUAAAAUGGUAAGUAAAUAAGAGAUCUAAUUGCAUCUUUAUUGAUCCUCAAGUAAAGCAACCCUUUGGAAAUGUGUGCUUGAGAAGCCCUGAGCUAUUUUAACACUCCUUAAAGUCUUGAAUUAAUAUUCAUUCUAUGGAGAUUAUGUGAGAGAAUUAAAUUUCUAAGUUCCAAGACGAUACAUAUAUACAGAUGUGUAGUAGAACGAAUCAAUUGGGAACUUAAUUAAAUGGUUGGAGUAAUUGAUCACGUCUUUCUGCAGAUGUAUAUUCAACGAUAUCAAGAAUUUACCAUGUUAUCAUUUGUAGGUGUUAUAAGUUCAAAGAGAAAACUUUAUGGCAGAUGACGGGUCAGUACUUUUAAUACUUCUGCAUCAAACAUUUUCAUGUGGAGAAGUAUUGAUCAUGCUCUAACUUUAGCAAUACACUUUUGUAAGUAUUGCUCUCUCAGAUUGUUAUAUUAGCACAAAAUCUCUGUUUUAAAUAAUGUAAGUAUCUCUCUUGUUAUGGGAAAUAAGACGAAACAAUUAAAGAGGCAGCAUAACUUGAGACAGUGAGGGAAUUGCAGAUGAGCAUUGGAACUAUUAGUAAGUCGCCUCACAUCACAAAGCUAACAGAGCAAAAAGGAACUAUUUCCAGAAAUCAAACGUAUUCCACUGGAGUCGGAGUUGUGUGAAUUAGAAUCAGAGUUAUCAAAAGAGAUGAACAUACGUAUCAUUUGCUAUCAGAUACAUUGAAUUAUGAUAUUGAGUUUUCUCUUCUUUUU